UUUGCUUCUGUGUGGGGUUUGGUUAGGUUUCUGUAGCUCCCCUUGUAAACUAGCCGUCAACUAGCUUUAAACUAGUGAUACACAGUUUAUUUAAUUACUCUUAUAUGUUGCAAGCAGUUUUUGCUAAGGAAAGGUGUUUGACUUAAUCACAGAAUGGAGAGACAGUUGCAUUUGAAUUUGUUAGCGUCCAGACCUCCGAUGGCAGGAGGGUUACAGUCGGGAUCUAAAAUGAAAAUGGGGCCUGGAAGAAAGCGUGACUUCUCUCCGCUGCUGUGGAGUCAGUAUUUUGAAACCAUGGAAGAUGUGGAAGUGGACAAUGACACCAGCAAAGACACAUUCAGGAUCUACAGCAGUGGUUCUCAGGGUCCGGUUCUGCUUCUGCUUCAUGGAGGAGGCCACUCUGCUCUCUCCUGGGCUGUCUUCACUGGUGUGAUAAGUAGCAGAAUUAAGUGCAGGGUUGUAGCUAUGGAUCUCAGGGCACAUGGAGACACAAAAGUGAAAAACCCAGAAGACCUGUCAGCUGAAACAAUGGCCAAGGAUGUUGGGAAAGUUGUGGAAGCCCUUUAUGGUGAAAACCCACCCCCGGUAAUGAUGAUUGGUCACAGCAUGGGCGGAGCAAUAGCAGUCCACACUGCUGCAGCCAAUCACGUGCCAUCAUUGCUAGGCCUGUGUGUGAUUGAUGUAGUGGAAGGUACAGCGAUGGAUGCCUUAAACAGUAUGCAGAAUUUUUUAAGGAGUCGACCAAAAACUUUCAAGUCAGUGGAGAAUGCUAUUGAAUGGAGUGUGAAGAGCGGUCAGAUCAGGAAUAUCGAGUCUGCACGUGUGUCUAUGGUUGGACAAGUAAAAAAAUGUGAUGAGCCUUUGAGCAGUCCUGGUGUUUCUAAGAGCAUCAGUGAAGGGAUCAUUGAGGAAGAGGAAGAAGAGGAGGAAGAUGGCGAGUCUAACCAAAAACGGAAGAAAGAAGACGACCAAGAGGUGAAGAAAGAGAGUCUCUACACCUGGCGCAUUGAGCUGUCUAAGACUGAGAAGUAUUGGGAGGGCUGGUUCAGAGGCCUGUCUUCUCUCUUCCUCACAUGUCCUGUGCCAAAGCUAUUGCUACUGGCUGGCAUUGACCGACUGGAUAAAGACCUUACCAUAGGACAGAUGCAGGGAAAGUUCCAGAUGCAGGUUCUUCCACAGUGUGGUCAUGCUGUUCAUGAGGAUGCACCUGAAAAAGUAGCUGAUGCUUUAGCAACCUUUAUGGUGCGGCACAAGUUCACUGAAUUCAAGGAAGACUUCCCCUGACAAUGUACAGUGUCUUCUAGCCUUCAUCCGUCAGCUUAGUGCAAUGAAAGUGACGAAAUCCAUCCUCCUCGUCUAUGUCGCUCUUCAUCGGAAACUAGAGUACUACCACCAACAUGCAACUAUCACUGCUGCAAAUCCUUCUUAGCACUUCACUUAUUAUUAUUUUUUGUCAUUCUUAUGUAAUUAGGUAUAAUUGCUUUUGUUAAGCUGACCAUAACUGUGUUGGCAGGAUUUGUAGAUCUUGCACCUGUAUGGUAAGAUCACUGAAGAUUGCAGAGUUUAUUUAUUCUAAUUUUUGUUUAUAAGUAAUUCCUUCAUUUGCAUUUCAUCCAAUGCCUUGCUUGUUUGUUGUUAAGAUUAGUAUGACUGCUUCAUGUGUUCUAUGUAUUAUUCAUUGUCAAUUUUCAAGAUGGAAAAAUAAAAAAAAGAUGUUUGAACAAACUUGUC